GUCCUUCAACCCGCGGCAGCAGGCCAGGCCCUCACGACAAGAAGUGAGCUGUGACCCUACGGUAGUAUUCGUUCGGCACUGGAUUCAAAAAAUAAAUGUAAAUAAAUAAGUUCGGAACGGUCUUCUACGCGCUCGAAAGUCGCGUCAUGCCAGUCGUUACUCCUUUUGGCUUUUCUUUUCGACCACCACCAGCCUCCGGCUCCUCCGUUCGCAGACCUUAACCCUAGACUCACGGAGAUCGGGCCUGGUUCGUCUUCUUCUUCUUCUUCAUGGAUUUCAGGUUCAGAGCCACAGAUGACAUUCCUUCGACCUACCUUCCAUCUUCUUCGAACUUCAGUUUCUUCACCGAGCAAGCGCUUAGAGCCGGUUAUUCCAGCAUGGAGUUCAGACGGAAUGAGGUGCUGCGAAACCCUAGCGACGUGCGGGAAGUGGUCUUGCGGGAGCUCGAGAAGGAGCAAAUAAGGGGAGAGAUAAUCGCGGCUGAGGUCGCACGUAGGCGGGAACUGGAGGAUGAGGUGCGCAAGGAGCUCAUGUUUGAGCGGGAAUUGGCCCUACGGAGGGCGGCUGCAGAGGACUUUCCGCUUGUCUCACCUUUUCCGAUUGCAGCCUCUGCAAAGAUCUUCGAGGGGUUUGGGCGGUUUGAGUCUCGCUUGCCGCUUCUGGGUCAGUUUGAUGCGAGAUCUCUCGAAGAAAGAAUAGCCUUUCCGAUCCGAAGGGACCUUAGUGCUGCCUUAGAUCUGGUGCCGUUUCAGCGCCGUUUGGAAGCGCAAGCCCCUGAGGUUAAGUCCGCUUCGGAGCCUAACAAGGAGAAAGUGAUUAUUCUGGCUAAGCCCGACCAGAAUCUUUCCGGAGUGAAGCGCAAAUCUCUGACACCACCUGCACUAGGUACUGGUGAGCUCCCUGCAGCUGGUCAAAUGAAGAAGUUCAAAGAGCUCCCUGCAGCUGGUCAAGUGAAGAAGUUCAAAGAGGAAUGGAGUUGUGCUCUUUGUCAGGUUAGUGCCACGUGUGAGCAGGGCUUGGAUGAGCACCUCCAGGGAAAGAAGCACAAGGCAAAGGAGGCGGGACUUAUGGCUCGGAGGGCAGGCAAGAACUCCUUCACUGCAUUGCCAAAAAGGGCCGCUAAAGUGGUAGAGGGCACUGCCUUCCCAAACUCAGAGCAGCAGAAGAAAAUGGAGGAUGAAUUACAGGAAAUCAAAAGAAUUGGGGAGACUUCAUUGCUAAAUGAGAACACAGAAGAUUUGAAUGGUAAAAAAAAUGAUAAGAAAAUAGUGAAUAAAAAGGAGCAGGAUGCUGGAGAUUCAAAGAAGGAACAUGGGGAGAUCCUGGUCCACAAAAUGCAGAAUACAUUUGAUCCAAAUAAGAGGAAGUUUAGGUUUUGGUGUGAAAUGUGCAAAAUUGGAGCCUACUCUGAAGGUGUGAUGGACAAUCAUAAGAGGGGAAGGAAGCACAUAGCCCGGCUUCUGGAUCUUGGUCAAACUGGUGGUUCUGUUUUGGCUGCAACCAUUCAACCUUCACCAGCAGGUUCUCUGAAGGAUGAAAUUAAAGAAGUAUCCAAACAGGAUGAGAAAACAGCUUAAAAUGUUGGUUAUGUACGAGUGGAAAAGGAAGAUUUUCUGGCAGCACCAACUUGUUGAAUGCUUUUAGUUGCCUUGUCUGAUGAAUUGGUCGAGUCAAUUCUCAUGGUGAUCCGAUGGUUGGAGAUGCAGAAGAAUUAAGAGGUUGACUCUGGCACGCAGGAGGUACUGCUUUUCCGCCCUACAUUUAUAUUUUGUAGUUGUGGUUAUUACCAUGUUAUAUUGUAUUAACUGCUUUGUUGAGACUGAAUUUCAUUUUGAAAGUUUUAGUUGUUCAUCAUCACCUAAAAAAAAAAGAAUGUCUUUAUCUGAAAA